AUUAUCAAUCAUCGUAAUCAACAGAACCAGGAUAACGCACCCGGCUCACUUUAGCAACGGGGACACAUUCCCUUCUCCACUCCCUCUCUCUCUCCCUAAAAUUGUUUCAGAUUUAUCAGUUUUUUCCAAUUUACUCUCAAUCUGAAACCCUUAAUUGGAAAUUCAAUCAAAAAGUUCACCAAAAUGUUCACUGGGGUUUCCCAUUGCCUUGAAAUUGGGGCGCUAAUCAAUGUCAAAUUCUUUCAAGAAAGGCAUUUUCUGGGUCACAAAGAUGCAAAUCUUUGAGGUGAGAUUCUUUGGAUUUCUUUGCGCCUUUUGUUCUAUUGAAUGAAAAAUUCUGGUGGGUAAUAAUUGAAUUUUCGAGAUUUUUUUGAAGGUUCUUGUUGUUUGUUGUAGAUUUCCUUGAUUUUUGGAUAAUGGGUUUUGGAUUGCAUGUACAAUUCACUUCGAUUCUGGGCAGAUUUGAUUACUUUAGUUAGGAAUUUAGUCCUUUUUUGGAAAAAAAUUUGUGGUCAUUUGGAAAUUUGGUGAAGAAAUCCAGUUAGUUGCAACAAAAGCAGGUCUGAUAAUUGUGAAAUUUAAUUUGGGGGUGAUCUUGUUGUGGAUGGAAAAUUGGAAAUGCAAUCCCAUUAACAUAGUUUGAGGGUAACUUUUGAUUUUCUUGCUUUAAUUGAGAAUGGAUGACGAGGAGAACAAUUCGAGGUAUAUUCCGAAAGCAUAUGACCUGAAUAAUCAACAAGAGUAUGGUUCCUCACUCCACCCUAAAGUUUCUGGUUAUGAUGCUACAUAUCCUGGUAAUGAGGAGGAAGAUUUAGAAGAUGAAGAAUUGGGAGAAGAGGAAGUAGAAACUAAUGGUGUUAGAAUGUUAGGCAAAGAUAUCUAUGGUGAUGAAGAAGAGGAUGAGGAUGAUUCUGAUGAUGAUGAGGAGGAGGAAGAGGACAAUGAUGAACAUGAUGAUGGUAAAAGUUUUAAUGUGAAGGUGGAAGAUAAUGGCAACGAAAGGCCACAAAAGAAGCGGAAGUUAAGAACCCUAGUAUCGAAUUAUGAAUUUGCUCCACGUUUGCCUACGCCUACCCCUACCCCUACCCUUACCCCUAACCCUAACCCUAACCCUACACCUACUGUUCGGAAAGCUGUAAGUGGACAGAAUUCAGUGGGAGAGUGGACUGAGAGGGAGACAUUCGCCUUGUUGGAUGCAUGGGGAGAGCGGUUUCUUAGACUAGGAAGGAAGAGUCUUCGUUCAGAGGAAUGGAAAGAAGUUGCAGAAAAGGUUUCACAGGAAACAGAUAUUGAAAGAACGAAUGCUCAGUGUAGAAAUCGAUUGGAUACUUUAAAGAAGAAGUACAAGAAAGAGAACACAAGGUUGACAGCAGGUGCUAGUGGUGGUGGUGGUGGUGGUGGUAGCAAGUGGGUUUUCUACAGAAGGAUGGAUAUGUUGAUGUCUUCUCCACCAAAACAGCAAACUAGAACUGGACUUUCAUGUGGAAUUGAUUCAGGGGAGUAUGUGUUUAUGAACCCUAAUGUUUACUUGAAUCAUGCAAAUGGAUUAGAUGAGAUGAGAGAUAGUCCGGGAAAUUCAGAUUCGGAUGAUUCAGGUGGAUUUCCGCCAAAGGGAAGCAAGAACAAUAAUAAAGGCAGAAGGGUUUUUGAUGGUUCUUCUGUCAAAUUGCUAGCUGAUUCAAUUGAGAAAUUCAGCGAAAUAUAUGAGAAGAUUGAAAGUAAUAAGAGAAAGCAGAUGACGGAGUUGGAAAACAUGAGGAUGGAUUUUCAAAGGCAACUUGAAACACAAAGGAGGGAAAUUUUGGAGAGAGCUCAAGCUGAGAUUGCAAAGAUAAGACAAGGUGAUGAUAAUGAUAAUGAUAAUGAUGAUGAUAAUGAAAAUGAUCUCUCUGCUGAAAAUCUCAGUGGAUGAAUGAGAAUUACCUUAAGAUGGUUGUGUUUAGUAUUAAUACAGUUGUAACUCAUAAAUAAUGUCAUGAUGGUUCGCGUAUUGUCAUGUUUGUGGCCAUUUUAUGGGAAGUUUGGAUUGGUAGAACCUGCAAACUCCAAUGUCAAGGUGUUUUCUAAAUGCUCAAAAUGUACAAAGUUCCAUUAAUAAUGACUCACUUUUGAGUAAUUAUUUUUGUUUAGAAAGGUUGCCUAGUGAAGAUGUGGUCCGUGCAGCUGAUUAAUGUCCUAAGUACAGCUGAUUAUGUCCUAAUUACAGACUCGGCCCUCCUUUGUGCUGCUUUGAAGAACUGGUACACUUUUCCGCCUGAGUUAGCUUCUAUAGUCACUGAUAUUAAGGCCUUUUAGUAGACUGUUUACUGUUUGUAGCUUUUGUAAUGUAAGUAGGAAUUCUGUUUUGCCUGCUCAUCAGUUGACUGAUGUAAUUCGUAUUCGUUUGUUUGUAAUCGUUUGUCAAAAAAAAAAAAAAAGAUCGUAAAUAAUGUAGGUCAUUGAUUGUUUGCUAAAAUGUAGUACCAUAUUCUGUUGUUA